CUGGGCCAUUCCUGGGCAGACAAUUGACUUGAUUCUUGGCUGUGCAAGCCUGGCAAGAUAUAAGAGCUGGGGCCCGCUACAGAGCUCAGUCUAGUGACUACGACUACAAUCAUGAAGUUCCUUCCAAUGCUACACAAGAAGAGCGCAAGCACUAGUUCUACAGCCAGCAGCAGUCAACAUGAUCUGCUCACAUCAACAACAAUGCCCGCAGAAUGGCGCAUGCAAGCGUCAGAGCCAUCGAAAUCAGCAGCACACGGUGAGGAGGUACGUCGGCGGGUCGCGCGUGUCAUGCGCUGGGAUGGCAUGCGACAGACACAGACGCAAGACCAAUAUACCACAGCGGAUCUAGCAAUGCGACGACGACGCAAGUGUCCGCAGUGUUUCCAGAUUUACGAUACAUCGAGCGGACACCGACACCCGAUGGAUGCGGUGGCACGGCAUCAGGCGACGGAAGCACUUACGAUGCUCGCGAGUGAUAGGAUCAUGCCGCGUUGCCGGUCUAGCAGCCUGCAGUCAGAUGACACGCUUGUGAGUGAGGGAGAAGAGGAGAGCUGGCGGAGAGAGAAGCGUCGAAGCAAGUUUGUUGAGAUGAUGGAGGAUGAGCUCGAGGGAGAAGCAGCGGUUCAGGGGGAGGUUGUACGGAUCUAUUUGGCGCGGGAUGGGCCGCAUCAAUCUGUGUGUGAGGCUGACAAAGCAAUGGUAUGGCACCUGAAUGGAGAGCGGAUGUUUUUCUAGCAGUAGGAGAGAGCAGUAGAAGCAGUGAUGUCUAGUAGCAGCAGUAGAGUAGAUUGAGUAGUAGCAGAGUAAAGAGAGCAGCACGUGUCCCCCCU